AUGAAGGGCAAACCUGCUCCAGAACUGGAUUGUUGCCACAAGACUAAGCCCCUGAGGAGCACAGGGAGCUCCCUGUCCCCCAGCCUGGACCUCCAGCCCUGCCAAGACGACCAGGUCUUCGCAGACUGCAGGCCACUUCCAGACACAGUGGACAUCCAUGGCCCAUCCUGUGCCAGUUGGCAGUGCCCCUUGCCAUUGGCACCGACCAGGUCUGCCCUGCUGGCCUACCCGCAGAGCCUGGACCUCUACCUAUGUUCCCUGCAGCCGGCACCCCUGGGCACAGCCCCACAGGGUCUCAGAGAGGACUCCUUGAGCAUGAAGCACCAGCCACCAGGGCCACAUGGCGGCUCCCCCGGUGACGAGAAACUCCCAUCCAAGUACCCUCUGAGCAGGGACAAGAUGGGAAGCCAGCAGGAAAGAGCUGAUGAGGAGGCCCUCUACCCGUCCUUCUCUCCUCACAGCAGCUCUUCCCCAGCUCCCUGGCAGCAGAGAAAGUGCCCCAGCCCCCUGGCUUUCUGCUCCUGCCCCCCACCCAUUCCCAUCUCCAAGGAACUCCCAUUCCGCCUUCACCCCCUCUGUCCUGCGUAUCCAUUUCUCCUGCCUCCACCUUACCUGUUCACCUAUGGGGUCUCACCUUCUGUCCAGUGUCACCCCCUCUUCCUGUUGCCCCAAGACACUUUCUACCCCACCAUGGCUGUGCCCAGCACGCUGAUGAGUGUCAGUGACCCUGGGCACCACAGCUCUUGGGGGGAGACCCUGCAUCCCUACCCAGGGACCUCCCAAGCCUCUGGCCAAACCCAACUUCCCCAGGCCCGGGGUCCAGGCCCUGGAGCUGCCAGGCCCUCCUGGCCAAGGCCGGAGCAGGCUCGCAGGGUGGCUCCAGCGAAGCGGGCCCCCCUGCCUUACCCGCUGAAGAAGGAGAAUGGCAAGAUCCUGUACGAAUGCAACGUGUGCAGCAAGAGCUUCGGGCAGCUCUCCAACCUCAAGGUCCAUCUGCGUGUACACAGCGGGGAGCGCCCGUUUCAGUGUGCCCUGUGCCAGAAGAGCUUCACACAGCUCGCCCACCUGCAGAAGCACCACCUGGUGCACACUGGAGAGCGGCCCUACAAGUGCCUGAUGUGCCACAAGCGCUUCAGCAGCUCCAGCAACCUCAAGACCCACCUGCGCCUGCACUCAGGGGCCCAGUCCUUCCAACGCAGUGUCUACCCGAGUCACUUCACCCAGAACGUUCAUCUGAAGCUGCACCAUCGGCUGCACACUCCACAGCCCUGUAGCCUAGCUCAUACCCACCUACCUCUGGCGUCUCUCACCUGCCUUGUCCGGUGGCACCAGGGGGCACUAGAUUUUGUGAUGGCACCAUCAGAGAGGCAGACUGGCUGGGAUGCAGACAAGAUCAAGGUGUCUUCAGCAUCUCAGGGAACAAGGGCAGCCAACCUGAGUAGUGGUUCCUAG